UAGUUCUCACUGACUUCAGAGGGGCCCGGGUGUUCAGCGCCUGGCAGGAGUGGGGCCAAGAUCUAGGCACCUUUCCUCACCACCAUCCCCUCCCACUUCUCUGCGGGCCGGCCUGAACGUGCUCGCUUCCCCACACUGAGGGAGAGUCGGGCCGGGUCUAUCGGCUCUCCGAGCUGCUCCUCACAGCUAAGUCGCCCCCUAGACGCCGCAGUCGGGAGGGGGCCCCGCUCACUCUGCAGCUGCCAGGCAGCCAGUGGCAUUUCAGCGCUGGCUGCAGCCUCCGCCGCUAGCUCAGAGCCCGGCUGCUGCGCCCUGACUCUCCCCAGCCACGUGUUACCGGCUCCAGCUCCCUCCCUGCACGGUGCCCGGCCUACGGAGCCUGUUCCGCCGGGGCCUCGCUGUCUGCGGAGCCCAGCCAACUCCCCAUCGUCUCGGCCGCUCUUCCCCGGGGAGGCGCCGCGGCUGCCUGUUGCCCAUGGACGGGGGCAGGGUGGAGAUAGAUGGCGGGGUCAUGGAGGGGGGUGGCCAGAUUUUGCGAGUCUCCACAGCCUUGAGCUGCCUGCUGGGGCUUCCCCUGCGAGUGCGGAGGAUCCGAGCUGGGAGGAGCCAGCCUGGCCUCAGGCCUCAACAUCUGUCUGGACUAGAGAUGAUUCGAGAUUUAUGUGAUGGGCAGCUGGAUGGUGGAGAAAUUGGUUCAACAGAAAUAACCUUCACUCCUGGGAAGAUCAAAGGUGGAACCCACAUAGCAGAUACCAAAACAGCAGGGAGUGUGUGCCUCCUGUUGCAGGUAGCAAUGCCGUGUGUGCUGUUUGCUGCUUCCCCUUCAGAACUUCGUUUAAAAGGUGGGACUAAUGCUGAGAUGGCUCCACAGAUAGACUACACAGUGUUGGUCUUUAAACCAAUAAUUGAAAAGUUCAAUUUCACCUUUGACUGUGACAUAAAAAGGCGGGGCUACUACCCCCAAGGUGGUGGUGAAGUGAUAGUCCGAAUGUCACCAGUCAAACAGUUAAGCCCAAUAAACUUAACUGAACGUGGCACUGUGACAAAGAUACAUGGAAGAGCAUUUGUUGCUGGAGCCUUGCCGAUUAAACUAGCAAAAGACAUGGCAUCAGCAGCAGUGAGAUGCAUCAGAAAAGAAAUCAGGGAUCUUUACGUUAAUAUUCAGCCUGUUCGAGAACCUGAUAAUCAAGCCUUUGGAACUGGAAGUGGAAUAAUUAUUGUUGCAGAAACUUCAACAGGUUGUCUGUUUGCUGGAUCAUCACUUGGCAAAAGAGGUAAGAAUUCUGACAGGGUUGGAAUUGAAGCUGCAGAGAUGCUGCUUGGAAAUCUUAGGCAUGGGGGAGCAGUGGAUGACUAUCUGCAAGACCAGCUGAUCAUUUUCAUGGCAUUAGCGAAUGGGGUAUCUAGAGUGAAAAGUGGACCAAUUACACUUCAUACUCAAACAGCUAUACAUUUUGCAGAACAGCUAACAAAGGCUAAAUUUACUGUGACAAAAUCAGAAGAUGAAGAUUCCACUAAAGAUGCUUACUUUAUUGAGUGCCAAGGAAUGGGGAUGAUAAACUCAAACUUGUAGUUUUUCUUUAAAGAAAAAUCAUACCUCUGAUGUAUUGCACUACAUUUCAGUUGACAUGCUACACAGUGGGAACAGGAGUUACUUUAUCAUAAAUAAUUGGUUUGAUUUAAAUUCAGAGAUGAUGUAGUGAUUUUGUGGUAUGCUGAGAAUACUUCCUGUCCUUCCUUUGGCUGUUAACAGCAAAAUGAGUACUGAUGAGAUAGCAAAUGGAAUAAAAUGCAAGUGUUCAGGAGAGCUGAAACUACAGUUGAGUAGCUUUAAGGAUGAGUGUACCAGAGUUGAUAACGAUCAUUACAACUUUUAAAAGUUACUUAAAUGACACAACCAUUCCCCUUAAAGCAUGUAGGAUUAUCGUGUGGGAUCCCUUACAUAUUUAUAUUACAAAAUAGUUCAUUUCUAUUCAUCUAUCAACCUUUGUCUCUAAAGUAUUCGUUUCUGUAGUCAUUUUGAUGAAAUUGAUAUGGAAAAAAUAAAGCAAUUUUCUGUGUACUUUAA